UUUCAAGCCAACUUAAGAAAAAUAAUUUUCUGUUCGAGUUUUAGGUUCAAAAAUGGCAACAGUAGGCAGAAAUAUUGCAGCUCCACUUCUGUUUCUGAACUUGGUUAUGUAUUUUAUAGCUUUAGGGUUUGCUAGUUGGUGUCUUAACAGGUAUAUCAAUGGCCAAACUUAUCAUCCAAGUUUUGGAGGAAAUGGAGCAACAAGUUUUUUUCUUACUGUUUCUAUGAUAGCUUCUGUUCUUGGGAUAGUUUCAAAGUUUGCAGGUGGUAACCAUAUUCGAGCUUGGAGGAAUGACAGUUUAGCCGCUGCCGGUUCGGCUUCGUUGAUGGCUUGGGCCGUCACCGCUCUGGCCUUCGGCUUGGCAUGUAAGGAAAUAAACCUAGGAGGGCACAGAGGAUGGAGACUGAGGAUGGUGGAGGCAUUUAUGAUAAUCUUAGCCUUUACCCAACUCUUAUACGUCGUAUUGCUUCAUGCCGGAGUGUUCAGCAGUAGAUACGGUCCUGGCUACCGCGACACGGAAUACGGCGUCGGAGCUGGUGGAGAACCGGUAACCAAGGGCGUUCCAGUCGCAGGUUCUAGGGUUUGAAUGUAGGAUGAAGCGGUCGGUAGCAUAAAUGUGUAGGUUUAAUGUAAGAAGUUUGUGUCAUUUUAAUUGUCAUCCCUUUUGGCAGGGAGUGCUGUGUUUUUAUAGUUAUUGUAAGUUAUCAUGACGGUGUGUUCAAUAUAAUAGUAACAUAAGUAUGGAUGUGUAUGUAUAUAUCUAAGUUGUCUUUAUGUGUUUAUUAAAUUUGGAUUUUGCUUGGCCUGUAAUUAUGUAAAUGAUGCUGUUUCAUUUAUAAAGCACCUGCCUUGAUGAAGGGGACCAAGAAU